UUGUCAAUUUAUAAAUACAAAUGACAAAAUAUUUGUAAACAUGUGUGUGCAGGUUGCGUGGAAUAAAGAAAGUAUGAAAAUGGGUGACAUAGAUUUGGUAAGCCAAGCGUGUACGAAAAUAAGGAAUUCAGUGAAAGAGAUGGACAGAGAGAGCAUCACAGAGGUGAUGGAAUGGCUAGAACAAAACCCCGACGACGGCCUAAUUGACGGCGAUUAUUUGGUUUGUGCUAAUCUAGAAAACCUGGACUCGUAUUCAGCUUGUUUUGGGGACAGCCUGCAGCCGAUGCAUGUGUCUUAUUAUAUCGAACCGGCGGAUGCUGGUUGCGGCGACAAGCUUAUCAUCCUUCCAUCACCGCCGUCGGGAACCGGACCAUUCAGCCGGACGGUUAUGCUUACGUUGCCGAAGAAUGAAGCUUUCAAGCUCAUGGAAGAUCCAUUUAUCCAACAACUUUCCCCUUCCGUAAAGAUGCAUCCACACAAUUAAUGCGGAUCGGAGCAGCGCACGCUAAUGAAUUAUUUAUUAAGAGCCUAAUCGAUUUGAAGCACUAAUUAAUUAAUUACGUGACUGCACCUUAGCUUCAAUUUAUUUCUGCUACACUACACAAACUAUUCGUUACUCCGUAUAUUUUAUGUUCUCCAACUACUACCAUAUGUAUUACGUAUUAAGUAAAAUAAAGCCACGCGACCUCCUGGCCUAAAUGUAAUGAUCGAUUUUAGAGAUACUAAA